ACGCAGACCGCGCCCGCUCUCUCAUUUUUAACCUGCGCGUUUGUCAACUGAGCUUACGGUCAUGUCGACGUGUGCGACGACAGAAGGAACGACAAAAGGCUUCACUGGGACGGAAACCGAUUAUGGCGUAUUUGUCGGUUCUGAAGCCCAAGCGGUCCUGAAAAGCCCUCUCACAACCGUCUUCCUCCCAGCCGUCUACACCUUCGUGUUUGUCGUUGGGCUUCCCACCAACGCCUUGGCUCUAUGGGUUUUCCUCUUCAGGACCAAAAAAAGGCACCCAUCAUCCAUCUACAUGGCCAACCUGGCUCUUGCUGACCUGCUUUUUGUUAUUUGGAUCCCUUUAAAAAUAGACUACCACCUCAAUGGCAACGACUGGAAGUAUGGAGACGGGCUGUGCAAAGUUCUGGUGGGGUUCUUCUAUGGCAACAUGUACUGCUCCAUGGCCUUCAUCGCCUGCAUUAGCGUCCAACGUUACUGGGCUGUAGUCUACCCAAUGUCCCAGCAUCAAAGGAGCACUUGUUUAGCAGUCUCUGUUUCUGUAGCGAUCUGGGUGCUGGUGUGGCUCAUCACCAUUCCUCUCUACUGCUACGAUCAAGAAGUAAACAUACCAAACAUGUGCAUCCGGACCUGCCAUGACGUCACCAGGCCGAGCCAAAGGAAGACUGCGGCUGGAUACUUCUUGACAAUGGGAACGCUGGGAUUUGUCGUCCCGACAGUUGUGUGCAUCAUAUCGUACGUCCUCAUGCUCAGGGCUCUCCAGGACAGCAUGGGGGACCCUACCAUUGCCAAGAAGCGCCGCAAGGCCGUGGUCUUGAUCAUCACCGUCCUGCUCAUGUUUAUCGUCUGCUUCACCCCCAGUAACAUCAUGCUGCUGGCGCACUACAUCCUCCUGCUAGGAGAGGUUGUGAGCAACGGGUACGGGUUUUACAUCACCACCCUGUGCCUAGCGAGCCUGAACAGUUGCGUGGACCCUUUUAUUUAUUACUUCAUCUCCGAGGACUUCAGGGAGCACGUGAAGAACACGUUCCUGUGCAGGAGUCAGAGGACAGUUGAGAGGAAAAAGGUCUCCUUCAGCGCUCUGAAGUUCUCCAAGAAGAGCGGCUCGUAUACCACCAGUAGCACGCGAAACACGCAGAGCAGCGAUUGCUGAUGGCGGUGUCGUUAUUAACCCUCCCGUGGUCUUAGCGCGACGCUCUGAAGGAGCGUGGAGGAUGUCCAGCGGGGAAGUUUAGUGCGACCCCCAUCAGACCGCUCACAGGGUGAAGAGUUUGCGAGUUAAACUCAGGUUUGAGAGAAAAUAGAUCUUGAGAUAGAGCAGUUGGGAACAGGUCUAUGAUUUUCUAGAGCUUUUUUUGCAUGGUGAAUAUUUGUUUUUGAAAAAUAAUUUGUACAGUUUUUUUUAUCUGUUUUUUUUUAUAUAUAUUUUAUGUAUUCUGCUACAUGCCUCAUUUUAUUGCUAUUUUUGACCAGUUACCUUGAUGAUAGAAGAUACUAAUGUUGUGGUUUUAGGUAAAUGAAUGUAGCCUUUUUUGUGUGCGACAAGACUGUAAAUCAAUUAGUUAAUGGCACCUUUUACCUAUUAAAUUAUGUAAAACUACCUUAAUAAUUGACUUCUUUUAUAUAUAUUUUUGUAUAACCAUGCAUUUUAGCCUUUGUCAAACCGAAAGGGGGAAAAAAAAUAUUUAGAAUCACAAUGUUCAAGCAAAUCUUUUUCAAUUUGCAGAAUUUAGUCGAAAGAAAAUCAUAAACACAAUAAUUAAAGCUACACCUCUGCUAAACCUCCCAAGCUAAUUUGCAAACUUUCAUGUUGCAAGGAGCAAAAGUGGAGUCGUUGGCCCAACUAUUAGUCCAGCUCUUCCUGCUUCCUGCAUGGACAAACCUGUUUCAUUUACAUUGUAAAUCUUUACCUGAAUCAACUCAUUUGAAUUUGGAUUGAAGAACAUGGAUGCACACUGAAUAUGUAGUUGGUUUAAAUUGGGGAUUUGCCAGUCAGUGAUCAAAAUCAGCCAGUUUUAUCUUAAUUGGCUCGGACUGAAGACGAGCACUGAGACAUCUUUGCAAACCAAAUGCAUUCAAAAGCUGAAACUCCCAUUUUGUUUUUGGUCUGUAAACGCAUCGGUUUAGUAAAACUCAGAUUAGGGAUAUUAUGGAUAAAUGGGGAAAACAUUGUGUUUUUUCUGCUGAAUUCAAAAUUACUAAUAAUUUUAUCAAGAAGCUUCUCUCAGAGUUUGAAUUUGAUCAUUUUAUGCUCAAUUAUGU